CACGUGACCUAGGGGGGGUCACAUGGCUCGCGGAACAACAUGGCUGCGCCCUCAGUAGGGCCGGUUGGUGGGUGCUGCGCCCGGCUCGGUCUCGUCCUUUUGCUGCCGCUGCUCUUGCUGCCCGGCGAAGCGGCUGGGGACGAAGAGGCCAGUACGGGCGUGGGCGGGGGCGCGGCUUCCCUCGCGGGCUCCUGCGGUUGUGGCACUCCCCAGCGGCGCGGGGACCAUGGCAGCUCGGCGGCCGCGCACCGAUACUCGCGGGAAGCGAACGCCCCCGGCCAGGUUCCGGGAGAGCGGCCGCUCGCGCCCACCAAGAUGGUCCUCAUCCCCGCCGGAGUGUUUACAAUGGGCACAGAUGAUCCUCAGAUAAAGCAAGAUGGGGAGGCACCUGCCAGGAGAGUUGCUAUUGAUGCAUUUUACAUGGAUGCCUAUGAAGUCAGUAAUGCUGAAUUUGAAAAAUUUGUGAACUCAACUGGCUAUUUGACAGAGGCUGAGAAGUUUGGUGACUCCUUUGUCUUUGAAGGCAUGUUGAGUGAGCAAGUGAAGACUGAUAUCCAACAGGCAGUUGCAGCUGCUCCCUGGUGGUUACCUGUUAAAGGCGCUAACUGGAGACACCCAGAAGGGCCUGACUCUACUGUUCUACGCAGGCCUGAUCAUCCGGUCCUCCACGUCUCCUGGAAUGAUGCCGUUGCCUACUGCACAUGGGCAGGAAAGCGUCUGCCCACAGAAGCUGAGUGGGAAUACAGCUGUCGAGGAGGCCUGCAAAAUAGACUUUUCCCCUGGGGCAACAAACUACAGCCGAAAGGCCAGCAUUAUGCCAACAUUUGGCAGGGCGAAUUUCCUGUGACCAACACCGGGGAGGACGGCUUCCGAGGAACUGCCCCUGUUGACGCCUUUCCUCCCAAUGGUUAUGGCUUAUACAAUAUAGUAGGGAACGCGUGGGAAUGGACUUCAGACUGGUGGACUGUUCACCAUUCUGUUGAAAAAACGCUUAACCCAGCAUUGCCCAAUUUCCUACAUUCCUGGUCUCUAAACGGAGAGCAUCAAAUGGACUGGAGCCAGGCUGCCUGGAAAGGCCCCCCUUCUGGAAAAGACCGGGUGAAGAAAGGUGGAUCCUACAUGUGCCAUAAGGUAAGCCAAGUCAUUAAACUCUGCAUUGGUGUACUAACAAUAGGUUAAUAGA